AUGACAGCCAUAACCAUCGAUGACUUCAGCCCCUUGGACCCAUACACCAAAUCAUGCCAACAAGUCUCCGGACCCAACGCUCACCCUCGCGCAAAACUCGUCCUCGACUCGCUCAUGAAGCAUCUUCAUGCCUUUGCCCGCGAAGUUUCCCUUACCAACGACGAGUGGCUUGCUGCAUGCGAUCUUCUCAUCCGCUCAGGAAAGAUGUCUGAUGACCGACGAAAUGAGCUUAUCCUCAUCUCUGAUGUUCUUGGACUCGAGUCUCUCGUCGACAGCAUUGCUUACGAACAAGCCGCUUCUUCAUCUGCUAAACCCAACGGUGGGGUUGAAGCAACCCAGUCAGCAAUUUUGGGCCCAUUCUACCGAACCGGAGCACCCGAGUACCAGAACGGAUCAGACAUCGUCCUUGACCACACCAUCAAAUCUCCCUCCGGCAAGCCAGGUGAAACGUGCUUCAUGCACGGUACAAUUACCGAUGCAUCCACUGGCGUCCCAGUCGUAGGAGCCAAAAUCGACGUCUGGCACACGGGCCCCAACGGUCUCUACGAACAGCAAGAUCCCAACCAACCCGACUUCAACUAUAGAGGCAAAUUCACAACUGACGAAAACGGAUACUAUUCUCUCCGCUGCCUUCGACCCACCGCUUAUCCGAUUCCCUACGAUGGAGGUGCGGGCGACAUUUUAAAAUUGCUGGAUAGAAGUCCUAUGCGACCUGCUCAUAUUCAUUUUUUGAUCGAGGCCAAGGGAUAUAGACAAUUGGUGACGCAGAUUUUUGAUAGUAAGUGCGAAUAUAUUGGAGCGGAUGCAGUGUUUGCGGAUAAGAGCGCGCUUACGGUGGAAUUUGCUAGCCCGAGCAGUGAGCAGGCAAAGAAGACCGGGGUUGAUACUGAGAUUAGGUACGAUAUUAGGCUUGUGGCUGACAAUUAG